CCUCCUUCCCGUAGGCCCUUUCUAGAGUGUCUGGGAGAAGCGGAGCUUCGCGGGAGCUGAGAAUUUAAAGAGAACCCUCGGCACCGCCCAGCCCCCGCACGUGUUACAAUUCUUAUUUUCUAUCAGAAUUCGGCGUGCUGGUGUAUGACCACGUUUAACCGUUGUUACAUUUAGAUUCAGAAUCAUGCCCUUGACAUGGUGUUAAACUUUAAAAUGGAAACUUAAAACCUGGAGGAAUGCCACUGUGAGACCACUUUGCAGAGUGGAUUUUGGCAUUUGGGACAGAGCCUGGGCAAUCUCUCUCUCUUGGGCUGGCCACUGGCUACCAGGUGUUUGCUUUGUGGAGACUAGAUGGACAGAUUCCUGGUGAAGGGGGCUGUCAGGGGCCUUAUGGGAAAGAGGGAGCAAGAGCAGACCGGAGGAGGCCCAGCAGGGUUGGCCGAAGAGGAGGGGACCAGCGGGAAAAAGCCCAGGAGAGCAGCCCCGGGGAGUGGAGUCCACUCGGCAGGCCUCAGCUGGAGGCACAUUGUAGCCGAGGGCCUGGACUGCGAUUACACAGUCCUGUUUGGCAAAGCCGAAGCAGAUGAGAUUUUCCAAGAGUUGGAGAAAGAAGUGGAAUAUUUUACAGGUUCGCUGGCCAGGAUCCAGGUGUUUGGGAAGUGGCACAAUGUCCCAAGGAAGCAGGCGACAUACGGUGACGCUGGGCUGACCUACACCUUUUCAGGCCUUACUCUGUCUCCAAAGCCCUGGGUCCCUGUCCUAGAGCGCAUCCGGGAUCGCGUUUCUUUAGUGACUGGACAGACCUUCAACUUCGUGCUUGUCAACAGGUACAAAGACGGCCAUGACCACAUUGGUGAGCACAGAGAUGAUGAGAGAGAACUGGCUCCUGGGAGCCCCAUCGCCUCUGUCUCCUUUGGGGCUUGCAGAGACUUCUUCUUCCGGCAUAAGGAUUCCCGGGGGAAGCACCCCUCCCGGAGGCUGGGGGUGGUCAGGCUCCAGCUGGCCCACGGAAGCUUACUUAUGAUGAACCACCCAACCAACACUCACUGGUACCACAGUCUCCCCGUCCGAAAGAAGAUUCUGGCUCCCCGGGUCAACCUGACAUUUCGGAAAAUCCUGCCUGUUGCAAAGUAAAAACGUUUUUAACAGCUAGUACUUCUGUUAGCUCCUUCCUUCUCUACUCCAAGAGGGAGCUGGCAUUUCCUUUACCAACAGGGAACAUGGAAAAGGUUUAACCCAAGCGCAGGGCUUCUUACAUACAAUGCUGAACUCAGAAACAGGAUGUUUGUAUCGAAUCGGUGGAUUACGAAAGAAUACCAGUUGAUUCUUUUCCUAACAAAAUGAUUCUUUUAUUGCUAUAAUACACAGCAGAUACAAAAGGUACCUUUAGCAAAAACAUAAAUCAGCAGUUAUUAUGGCAUAAACUACGAGUUUAACUUAGGUUUUUGCAGAAAGAAGCGACUUUGUAAAUAACUUAAAGCUAGAAAUAAGAGUAUUUGGCUGCUACUUAAUACCUAAUGAUUUACAAAAAAUGAGAAAGUCGCCUUUAAGUCAGGGGAAGAGGCUUUGCACGGAGAUCAUUCACAUUUACAACCGCGGCUCAAUCCCUCCGACCAAAGAUCUGCUUACAACUGAACGCUAAAAGGAUGAGCCCCGUUCAUGCCCGGCAUCUCUCUUUAAUGGCAGAUUGCAAAGCGUAAGCAGCGGCAGAGCAGCAGUUGCUCAAAGCUACAACUUUGCCAGAAAGGUUAAGGUCAUGUGAUUGAGCAUUUGUUUCCCCCAGACGCGGGUACCACGGGCACGUGCCUUACCACGGGGACGUGCCUUUCACCGUCAAAGCCGGGGUCUGUAAGGAGUCAGGAAGGGACGUCUGCCGUGAACAGACCAGAAGCUUUGUGCGGCUCCUUUCUCCCUGAGGUGUGUGGCCUGGAGAACUUCACAGUCCGUUCUGUCAAUAGCGAGAGUUCCAAGUCCUCGGGAUGCACGCUGGGCCUGGGGGAAUGGGGAUCGCCUGGGCCUCUAGCACUUUCAGCUGACGCCAAGGCCUUGUCUGGGAGCGUCUGCCAGCUGGUCCCCACCAGGGGAAGCACAGUCCUCAGCCCGACCUCAGGUGACCUUUUGGACGCGUCUGAUUACAAAUCUUACCUCUGAAGAGUCAGUCUGCAUUUGUUGUUGUUUUUUUUAAAUAAAAGAGCCUAGCUAAAACAUA